CAUGAUCAAAGCUCGAACCCUUAAAUUGUGGGAAACAGAAAGUAUCUAGGGCUCCCCUGAUCACUAGAAAACCACAACAGCUGAUGCAGCCAUCCCCAACAAUGGCCAUUGCUGUUCCCACUAUCGAAUCAAAAGAAUUUGGUUUUCAUGAUUCAACUCUACUGCCCAAAUUUAUGUACCGAAUUCCCAUUGUAAUUCUUCUUGUGACUCCUUUGUUGCUCUGGUCAUCCUCCACCACCAUCAUCUCCAACUCCAUUGUUCAUAUUUGCAUCUCUUCCCGCAAGCUCAACCACCUCUACUGCCUCUCCGCCGGAGCCGAACCCGCUUCCCGGUCCCCCAACGCCUCCUCUAUUAGCCCUGGCAACAGCACGGGUCACGCCCUGAUUGAUCACCAUUUCUUUGGUGAGGAUAACCCUGCUCUUCCCAUCAAUAAGAGCAGUUUUUUCAGUAAUUACAAGGAUGAGGGGGUCGUGACUGCCGUUAAACACGUUGAAGAACAAGUCCAAGCGCAUCGUUCGUGGGCGUCUGGGGCUAAUGAUCACGUGGGUUGCGAGGGGAGAGGCAUUUUUGUGUAUGAUUUACCUUCAAAGUUCAAUAAAGAUUUGGUUGCUCAGUGCAAUGACAUGGUUCCGUGGACGAACCUCUGCGAGUAUUUCGCGAACGAGGCGCUUGGAGAGCAGUUGCCGGAGCUGGGGAACGGAUGGUACAAAACCCACCAGUACUCACUAGAGAUCAUAUUUCAUUCUAGGGUUUUGAAGCACCCAUGCAGGGUUUAUGACCCUAAUGAAGCAAAGCUCUUCUAUGUGCCCUUCUAUGGAGGAUUGGACAUAUUGAGAUGGCACUUCAAGAAUGUGACUAACCAGGUUAAGGAUUCUCUUGGGCAAGAGCUGGUGAGGUGGCUCGAUGGUCGGCCGCCGUGGGUUCGGAACUCUGGGAAGGACCAUGUUUUUGUUUUGGGCAAAGUUUCAUGGGAUUUCAGGAGAAGAGGUGAUUCUCCAUGGGGUACCAGACUGUUGGAACUCAACCAAAUGCAAAACCCUAUCAAGGUUCUGAUAGAGCGGCAGCCAUGGCACCUUAAUGACGUCGGUGUCCCCCACCCGACCCACUUCCACCCUCGGUCUGAUGCUGAUAUCAUCGCAUGGCAGCUGAGGAUCAUGCGAGCCGAUCGGAGAAGCCUCACGGGUUUCGCAGCCGGGGAGAGGCCUGGUUUGCCCGAGAACAUACGGUCCUUGUUGAUCAAACAUUGCAUUUCGGCCGGGGAGGGGAAAUGCCGGUUUUUGGACUGCAAUUCGGGGGACUGUGCUCAGCCCGAAUCGGUUAUAAGGCUGUUCAUGGAGUCAGAGUUCUGCUUGCAGCCUCCCGGGGACAGCCCGACCCGUAAAUCGCUGUUCGAUUCGCUUGUUUCAGGUUGUAUACCGGUGCUGUUUGAUCCAUUCACGGCCUACUACCAGUAUCCAUGGCAUUUACCGGAGGAACACGGGAAGUACUCGGUGUUUAUAUAUCAAGAAGAGGUGAGGGAGAUGAAGGUGGAUGUGGUGGAGAAGCUGAUGAGGAUUUCCGUGAAGGAGAAGGAGGAGAUGAGGAGGUACAUAGUGUAUGAGCUAUUGCCUGGUUUGGUGUAUGGAGCUUCAGAUUCGAGGCUUGAAAAGUUUCAGGAUGCUUUUACCAUAACAAUGAAUAAUCUGCUUCAAAGGGUGAGCAGAUUGGAAUGAAUUAAUUAUAUUGAACAUUGUCAAAUUUCAGAUGAAACAAAAAACUGAAGCAGAAAAAAUGAAGCAGGAAACUGAGAAUUACUUAAUGAAUUAAUUUGGUACAAAGAGGUAUUUAUAGAGUUAAAAUACAAUAAUAGAAAGAAUAACUAAUUUUCUUCAUGUUUGCCUACUUUGACACAUGUGUCUUUAGAGUUUAACUCCAUUUUCUCAAUCUGUAAAGCUAUACUCCAACACCCCCCCUCAAAAUGAACAUGUAUAUUAAGAA